AUGUUUUCCCUCCUAGGUUCCCUUCUUCUCCUUGUAACCGGCGUGACCGCAGUCUGCCCUAUCCCCGCCAUCUACAUUGAACCUACAAUCACCCUGCCGUUCGCGAUCCAAGUCCAGAAUGCCUCCUACCCAGUGGUUCACAACCGCCUCAUGAACCUUUGGCAAGCAGGUGGUGGGGAUCAGCAUCUCUAUCUCAGCCCUGCUGGAACACCUACUAGCAACCUCACUCUUGUGGACGGGGUCAUCACGCGGCUACCUAUCAGGGCGGUCAUCAAUGGCGAGUACACGGCGACAGACAACACCACAAAACUGUUCAUGACACAGCGCGGCGAUCCCAGGGCGUUUUUCGAUGUCGGAUAUGGGUGCAACCAAACUAAUGAUAAAUUGCAGACUGAGCUGCAUUUUAGGGGUCGGGGGACACUACCAGGGGGGCACAUCUGUGUUAGGUUGGCGUCGGGGAAUAGGUAUGAGUUUAGGUACUCGCCGCCUGGGAAUACUGCGAGUGGGAGGUUGUGCAUCAAAGUUACGUUAGCUAUCAUGUUCCAGGAAACUGCAGUGGUAGAGGAGACUCGAGAGCUAGACGGAUAG